AUGGCCCUUGAAGUUCGGCGGUGGAGACGGCGGUUCGGAGGUGAGGACGGCGAACGGCGCGGCUCCAAGCGGCGGACGGAGGUGGCGGUGAUGAUGGUGGUUAGGGCGUGGGCGGCGGUGGUGUUGUUGGUGUAUUUAUCAAAUGCAGCCCUCGCAAGAACAAGUGUUGCUAGCAUGACUGUACUGUCAUCAACUUCGGUUCUUUCCACUCUGUUCAUUGACGUCCUUUUGGGCCAAGAUUCUUUAAAUGUAUCAAAAGUUGUUGCAGUCUUCAUCAGCAUUGCUGUUUAUGGCAAUUCUCUUGUUGCGGAUCUCUUUGGCUUGCUUUCAGCUAUGUCAUAUGGGCUAUUCACAGUAUGGCCAUUGGAAGCAUUAGGGUUAGAGCCCGAGUUUCACAAUUCCCCAUUCUGUAAAAUGGAUGUAGCUGUUCUUGCCAAUGGCUUGGUUGGAAGUGUCCUUUCUGACUAUUUCUGGGCAUUAAGUGUGGUAUGGACAACACCAUUAGUGGCUACACAAGUGUUGUCUCUCACCAUACCAUUUGUGAUGUUGGCUGACAUGGUGAUCCAUGGUCGUCAUUAUUCUGCAUUGUACAUCCUCGGCUCAACUCAGGGGAUCGGACAUAUACUUCACCUGACUUUUGGUUGA